GUAAAUCAAGCCACCGGUCGGUAGUAGAUAGAGAGACACUCGGUUUGUGGUGAAUCUCUAGAAGUUAUUUGUAGAUUUUAAAUAUGGCCGGCGGUAAAGCGGGGAAAGACUCCGGUAAGACGAAGACGAAGGCGAUCUCGCGCUCGCAGAGAGCCGGACUGCAGUUCCCGGUGGGUCGCAUCCACAGACACCUCAAGUCCAGAACCACCAGCCACGGCCGCGUGGGAGCCACCGCCGCCGUGUACAGCGCGGCCAUCCUCGAAUACCUCACGGCCGAGGUGCUGGAGUUGGCGGGAAAUGCAUCGAAGGACCUGAAGGUGAAGCGCAUCACCCCGCGCCACUUGCAGCUGGCCAUCCGAGGAGACGAGGAGCUGGAUUCCCUGAUCAAGGCCACCAUUGCUGGAGGAGGUGUGAUCCCUCACAUCCACAAGUCUCUGAUUGGGAAGAAGGGCCAGCAGAAGACCGUAUAACCUCGAGGGCUCUGGGCGUGGAGCGCCUCAGGAGGAGGUCCCCGCCAGUGGUUUAAAUGUCUUCAGAUUAGAACACCUGUCCCGUUAUGUGUGGUUGAGCUUUUCUUUUACUCGCCUGGGGUAUUUUUUUGAAAUGGCUUCAAAGAAGCUCAUUUUUUGUGUCGUUUGCUUUUAUUUUGCUUUUUUUCCCUGCAGUUUUCGUUCUGACUUUUUGUUGUUGCUUUUGUGGCGUUCAUAUGUUUAAAUGGUGUUUUAAUAAAGCUCUUAUUGGGCAUUUGUUCUCUCCAUUCUUG